CUACACGCUAGGUUAAGCACUAAAUUGAGUAACUGUCCAGUGACAGCAGAUAAACACCUGCUCGUACAGAUCAUACUCAGCCAGAGCUGACGGGAACUGCUUUGAAACAACAAACAUUUGGACCAGUUAUCGAUCCAAGACUUGGGAAUUGGACUUAAAAUGUCAAACUUGAAAGGCAAGAGAGAAGAAUAUCUGAGUGUGAAGGAUCUGCAGAAGGUUUUGGACUCCUGUAAACUGCAUCUUAGUCAAGUUGAUGAAGUCUGGCCGAACAUAUACAUUGGGAAUGUGUUGGAAAAAUCAGAAAAAUAUCCAGACAUGCCAAGACGCUUCAGCUACUUGGCAUGCCCUCAGGGGGCAGACAACCGGUAUGAGACCCCCCCAGCUUCAGAGCUCCAGAGGCUGAUGUGGACCAAGACAGGGACCAGCAGCCAUCUGGAUAAAGUUCAGCCCAGGAUAUAUAUUGGAGACAUGUAUGCAGCCAAAGACAAGAGGACACUCCUGGCUCACCACAUCACCCAUGUACUUAACGCUGCAGAUGGGAAGUUCAACGUGAACACGGGCCACAGCUUCUACAGAGACACCAAAAUCACUUAUCACGGAGUGGAAGCUUUCGACAUGCCAUCCUUUAACUUGAGUCCCUUUUUCUACCCAGCAGCCAAUUUUAUCAAGAAUGCUUUGAGCUCGCCUAAAGGUAAAGUGUUUGUCCACUGUGCGAUGGGUCUCAGCCGCUCGUCCACCUUGGUCCUGGCUUACUUGAUAAUCCACGAGAGCAUGACGUUGGUGGACGCCAUCAAAGCUGUCAGCGCCAACAGGCACAUCUUACCGAACAAUGGUUUUCUGGAGCAGCUUCGAGAGCUGGACAAAAAGCUGCACUACCAGGGAUCAGCGAGGAGCUCGAGUGCCUACGGGUGGACAUGAGAUUAAAUCCACCCAUCCAUACACUUGAAUGACAUUGCUGAGUUUGAAGUACACUGGACAUAUGAGUGUAAGACAAGUUGUAAUGCCUUUUUUUUGUAAGAAAAAUUCCAUUAUUAUGUGAAGAAAUUAAAAUGAUACAUUAAAGGCCUUCAGUUGUAAUGAAAAGCUACUAACUAAAAGAAAAAGUGACCCUUAAAAAGAAUAUUGUUUGUGUAUACACUCUAAUAUAAUCCAAAAACGAAUAAACACAACAGGCCUGAAGAAAGAGCAGCUACUGAAUGGACUUAACUGUGAGAUCAACUGUCAUCAAAGAAGAGAUUUCUCAACAUUUAAGGCUUUGUGGAACGAUAAGACCUUCAAGAAAAACUUUAACAUUUUGGGCAAUAUUCUCUUUAUCAUUGAUGCCAGGAGAUAUAUGAGAAGAUGGAUGACACUUUUCUUUCUGUGUGCUAAAUAUGCUAAGCUAGAGCCAGGAGAGUUUAGCUUAGCAUAAAGACGGGAAGCAGGGGAACACAGCACGCCUGGCCCCUCUACAGCUCACUAAUUAACACCUUACAUGUAUAUCUCAUUUGUUUAAUCUGUAAACAAACAUGAGUGUGUUUCUCAUUAACUCUGAGAAAAAUUGAAUUUGAACAUCUACAAGUGUAUGACAAAUGGCAAACUGAAUCACCUAAACAUCUUGGUAUAUGAUGGAAAGCUCCAACACAGGGACUCAAUACAACAAAACAACAACCACUUAAGUUUGGGUCUCUCAACAGAUGAACUGUGUCCCAAAGAAUUUCCAGUGAUGUUUGCCAAACUCUGAGCUACUCUCCAGAAAUAGAAAAGGCAUUCUUUGAGUGGUUUCACAACAACUUCAGUCUCCAUGUCCAUUACAAUAAAGAAAUAUGUCACCAAAUGUUUUUUCAGUUUUUGG